CAGCUCCGCGGCGCCAUGGAGACCGCUGGGAGCGCAGAGAACGCUGAGAGCACAGCUGCGGCGCGCGCAGCCCCCGACGGCCCGGCGCGGCGCGGGGACGCGGACUCCGGCUCCGCAGGCUUCUGGAGACCCUGGGUGGACGCCCGAGGCGAGAAAGAGGAGGAGACGCGGAACCACGCCGCGGAGGCGAUGUCCAAUGGUUCUGGAAUGAUAGCAGGCUCAGGAAAGCUUUCCCAGUUCAGACACCCAGUCAGACUAUUUUGGCCAAAAUCCAAGUGUUAUGAUUACUUAUAUCAAGAAGCAGAAGCUCUUCUGAAAAAUUUUCCAAUUCAAGCCACAAUUUCAUUUUAUGAAGAUUCUGAUAGUGAAGAUGAAAUUGCAGAUCUGACCUGUGAAAAUUAAUCUGAUUAGCUACUUUUGAUUACAUCCAAAUCUUGUAGGUUUUAAAUUUAGUGUACAAAUGUAACAUAAUUAUUUUAACUAAUUUAUUUGUAUAUAAAUUAUUAAUAAAAUGAAAUAUUUUGUAAUUA